UCUUCUUUUCCUUUUUUUAACUGAUAUAGUACUAAUGAUAGGCAGAAUGUAAGCAUCUUAUAUCCAGGAUGCUUGUCACGGAUCCAAAGCAACGUGCAACGCUACAGGAAAUCAUGAGCCAUCAGUGGAUGAUAAAACAAUACGGCAGUCCACCCGAAAACUAUCUACCAGUUCGAGAACCCCUUACACUUCCUCUUGAUGACGAUAUCAUCAACAGCAUGACCGGCUUUGAUUUUGGCCCACCAGAACUGAUCAAACAACAAUUAACUGAUGUGAUCAAGUCCGCCGAAUAUGGGCAUGCUGUACGUUUGGCAAUGCAGGAACGAGAAAAUUCGGGUCCUCCUCGUGAUGCUGAGAAGAAGAGAGGAGUAUUCGACUUUUACAAAAGAAGAAAUUCUACUACGAGCCGAGAUACCUUGACCGCGCCGAGCGCAGAACUGCUUCAACUUGGCAACGAUCCAUGCAAUGCAUAUCACCCUCUCAUAUCCGUAUAUUACCUUGUUAAGGAGAAACGUGAGCGUGAUGCGCUUGAAGCCAACCCGGGUGCAACCUCGAUGCCACGGGCUCCAAAUGAAGCUCCACUACAACAAGUGGCAGAAAUAUCAGCACCAAAGCCAGCAUACACAAAUGCUACAGCUUAUGAGAUGCCUGGUGAGAAGGCCACAGGAGGUCGGUCGCGCCCACGUGCACGCACUCAUGGUGAGGAGGAAGUCACAGAAGGAUUGAAGAAUAUGAAGAUUGCUAGUUCUACUGGCCCUCCAUCACCGGCAAUAGUCGAGCCUGUGGAACAGACUGCUCGAAAAGAAAGUACUGCUGCUGGUAUUCUGAGAAGAUUCAGUACACGAAGACGCAAGGAUCCUCCACCGUCUGACAAAACUGGCAAUCAUCUGGCCGUCGGAUCGUCGAAUGAGCCAUCAACGAUCCGAAAGAGUUUCAGUGUUCGCCGGCACCGUGAUCGGGAUGGAGAGGGAUCUCUUCGAGCAAGUGGAAGUGAACGCCAACAUAGUGAUCUUCUCACUCCAAGAUCCGCCGAAAACUCGGGUGCUUCUAAACUAGGACGAUCGACGAGCGUUAACUCCGCAGAAUACAGGCGACGGGAAAAGAGACGAGGAGAAGGAGGAGGGGCAGCAGGAGUUGCCGCUUCGGAAGCAAUGCCAUCGCGUGUUACCUAUAAAGACCCUCCUCCAACUAGUGGUUCUGAUCAUUCAACGACGAAUGAAAAACCAGCUCGAGAGGGCGAAAGGGCUGGCCUGAAUCCUAGGGCCGCCACUAUGAGAGCCAAAUCGUUGGGCCAUGCAAGAAGAGAAAGCAUACAAGCUAGACGAGCCCGAAGGGAAGAAGCUAGGGAAGCAAAUGUACCGGAGGAGACUGAUGUUGAAUUGGGCGACGCUAGUGGUCUCUCAACCGAACGAGUCGACACCGCAGAAAAUGUCAAACCCGUCUUUCUGAAAGGGUUGUUCAGCGUAUCUACCACAUCAACCAAACCCGUUCAGGCUAUACGCAUGGAUAUAAUCAGAGUACUGAAGCUUCUCGGAGUUGACUAUACAGAAAUACGAGGCGGUUUUAGUUGUCAGCAUACCCCUAGUAUUGACUUGAAGAAGGUUGUCGAUGUACCUCCUAGCAGCCAUGGCAAUCAUACUCCAGGGCAUAAAAGGAAGAUCAGUUUCGGAGGUUUCAUGGGAGGUGGUAGCAGUGCGGAAAGAGAUCGUGAGGAUUUCCGAGAAGCAGAAAGAUCACCACCUCAACACCCAAGAACACCACGCAGAACUCGUGGCCCUGAAAAUAGCUACUCAAAUUCAGAUGCGUCUGAUGAAAGUGUUACUAGACAAGGUGAUUCAUCAGCUCGGGCUGUGGGCGAAACCAGCACACAUGUUCAAAGUGAACUUGGUGGUAGCAUGAUUCUUGAGUUUGAGAUCUUCAUCGUCAAAGUUCCUCUUCUCUCUUUACACGGCAUCCAAUUUAAAAAGCUUCGUUCAGGAGGAACUUGGCAAUUUAAGAAUAUGGCAGAUCAAAUCCUUCGCGAGCUUCGACUAUAAUAAUUCUCACGACACACUUGGACACGAACACGCUAGUCCUAUGAAUAUUGCUAUUCUCGUUGUAAUACAGGAAACUUUCCCAUUAGCUGUUCUUUCGUUAUUUCACUCGUACAAAAAUCUAUGGACGGAGAAGCGAUUGGGAGAAAAACAUACAUGCAUCACUCUUGAAACGAAUUCCUUUUGUUAAGCGAAAUUGAUGAAGAUGGCAUGCAUUAUCAAAAUUUUUUGGCCAUUUUGUUUUUUACUGAGCACACAAUUUUCAUUUGUUUUCUUCCACUCAACUAGUGUGCCAAUUUGCUUGCGGAACCAAUUUGAGGUUCAUAUAUGUAGUAAUUAUGGGAUAAGAAUUCUUUUUCAGGGGGAAUAAGGGGCAGCAUUUGAGAUUUGGGAUUUUUCUUAAUAUUUCGGGAAGGGGUUUGGACUUGGGAUAUGUUAUGGUGGAAGGAAGGAGAUAUGAAGGGGAUAAAAGUAGUUGAUUGGCUAGGUAGCGGAGUGUAUUUGGGGGACAUGAGCAGUCAGUCGAGUGUGGGAAGGAAAGAAGGAAGGGAGGAAUGAGCUGUGGAUAUGGCAAGGACAAGGAUAGAUAUUUCGAUACUGUAUUCCUU